GAGGCUUAGAGAUGCCUAUAGCAACCUACUAUGACUUGUCUGGGGUCAUAGCCAGUAUGAGUCAGAGGCAGGACUUUAGGCUCUAGCCUUCCCAGCUCCAAGGCCAGCUCUUGAUCUACAUCUACACUACAGGGCACACUGUCAAUGACCUUCCUAAAAGGUGAUGUACUCCAGUCGUCUCAACACUGGGAAGACUAUUGAUGACCAUAUGUAUGCAACAAAGAAUUGACUACCUAUCAACUAAGCUGUCUUUCACGGGAGAGAUUGAUGUGGCGAGGCAGAUUUUUCGAAGCAGGGACAACAUCACAAUCAACAACUUCUACUGACUAAGAGCUAGUGGCCAUGUCUGUUUCCAACAGCAGCAACUCCCUCCCAACUACCAUAUUCUUGACAGGUAUUCCAGGGCUAGAUCCUGCCUACAUGUGGAUAUCUAUUCCCUUCUGUGCUAUGUAUAUGGUGGCUCUGGCUGGGAACUUAACCCUCAUCUUGGUCAUAUCUACUGAUCACAGUCUCCACACACCAAUGUACCUUUUCCUCUGUCUGCUUUCAUUCACAGACUUAGCUCUCAGCUCUACUACAGUGCCCAAAAUGUUGGCAAUCCUGUGGCUUCAUGCUGGUCAGAUCACUUUUGGAGGCUGUCUGACCCAGAUGUUCUUUGUCCACUCAAUAUUUGCUCUAGAGUCUUCUGUCCUCCUGGCUAUGGCAUUUGAUCGCUAUGUGGCCAUCUGCAACCCACUGAGAUAUACAACCAUCCUCAGUCAUGGUGUCAUUGUCAGGAUUGGCCUUGCUGGAUUAAUUAGGAGUGUGGCUAUUGUUUCUCCAUUCAUCUUCCUGUUGCAGAGGCUGCCAUAUUGUGGGCACCACAUCAUGGCACACACAUACUGUGAACACAUGGGCAUUGCCCGGCUGGCCUGUGCUGAUAUCACAGUGAAUAUUGUCUAUGGCCUAACUGUGGCCCUGUUGGCCAUGGGUCUGGAUUCUGUGCUCAUAGCAACAUCUUAUUCUAUCAUUCUCCAUGCUGUAUUCCAUCUUCCAUCUCGGGAUGCACGACGCAAGGCUCUAGGAACAUGUGGGUCCCACAUCGGGGUCAUCCUGGUUUUCUAUAUACCUGCUUUCUUCUCUUUCCUCACUCAUCGCUUUGGCCGCCAUCAUGUCCCUAGGCAUGUCCAUAUCUUUCUGGCCAACCUAUAUGUGUUGGUGCCACCUGUGCUCAACCCCAUUAUCUAUGGGGCCAAGACCAAAGAGAUCCAGCGAAGGAUCUUGAGGCUAAUGUCUCCAGGUCAAGACUUUGUUUGA